AUGUCUUUGGGCGAAAUUGUGGAUGCCAUCAUUGGAAACACUGAUGGAAAAAAUGUGAAAGGAAGAAUUAUUUUGAUGAAAAAGAUUUUUUUGGACUUCACUGACAUAAAUGCUUCAGUUGGUGAUGAGGUUGUUGAUUUUCUUGGUGAAAAAGUCUCUAUCCAGUUGAUAAGUGGUUCUAUUCAUGAUGAUCCUGAAAAUGGUGUUGAAGGGAAACGCAGCAAUCCAGCAUACUUAGAGGAUUGGCUUACACACAUCACCCCUAUAAUAGCAGGGGAAUCAACUUUUAGUGUUACAUUUGAUUGGGAUCACAAAGAGUUUGGAGUUCCAGGAGCAUUCAUCAUCAACAAUUUUCAUCUUAAUGAGUUCUUCCUCAAGUCACUCACACUCGAAGAUGUUCCUAAUCGUGGAAAUAUCCAUUUUGUCUGCAAUUCUUGGGUUUAUCCUGCUUUUAGAUACAAGUCUGACCGCAUUUUCUUUGCAAAUCAGGCUUAUCUCCCAAGUGAAACACCAGAACCGUUGCGAAAGUACAGAGAAAAUGAGCUAGUAACUUUGAGAGGAGAUGGUACUGGAAAGCUUGAAGAAUGGGACAGAGUUUAUGACUAUGCUUAUUACAACGACUUAGGUGAUCCAGAUAAAGGCGAAGAGUAUGCUAGGCCUAUACUUGGAGGGUCCUCUGAGUAUCCGUAUCCUCGUAGAGGCAGGACAGGCCGUAAACCAACAAAAACAGAUCCUAAUUCCGAGAACAGGAUUCCAUUGCUUAUGAGCUUAGACAUAUAUGUGCCAAGGGAUGAGCGGUUUGGUCAUCUGAAGAUGUCAGACUUCUUGACAUUUUCCUUAAAAUUCACUGUGCAGUCACUUUUCCCUGCUUUUAAGGCUUUGUUCGAUAACACACCGAAUGAGUUUGAUAGCUUUGAGGAUGUACUUGAACUCUAUGAAGGAGGAAUCAAGUUGCCUCAAGGCCCUUUGUUGAAAGCCCUUAUUGAUAGUAUUCCUUUGGAGAUUCUAAAAGAUGUCUUUCAUUCUGAUGGUGAAGGCUUAUUCAAGUUCCCAACUCCUCAAGUUAUUCAAGAGGAUAAAACUGCAUGGAGGACGGAUGAAGAAUUUGGUAGAGAAAUGUUGGCGGGAAUCAAUCCCGUCUUAAUUAGUAGACUCCAAGAAUUUCCUCCGAAAAGCAAUCUGGAUCCUAAAAUAUAUGGCAACCAAAACAGUACAAUUACCAGAGAGCAGAUAGGGGAUAAGUUGGAUGGACUAACAGUUGAUGAGGCAAUCAAGGCUAACAUGCUAUUCAUAUUGAACCAUCAUGACAUCGUUAUGCCAUACUUGAGGAGAAUUAACGCGACGACAAACACAAAAACUUAUGCCUCAAGAACUCUGCUUUUCUUGCAAGAUAAUGGAACUUUGAAGCCUCUGGCAAUUGAACUAAGUUUGCCACAUCCAGACGGAGAUCAAUUUGGUACUGUUAGCAAAGUGUACACACCAUCUGAUCAAGGUGUUGAAAGCUCCAUCUGGCAGUUGGCCAAAGCCUAUGCAGUAGUGAAUGACUCGGGCAUUCAUGAGCUCGUCAGUCACUGGUUGAAUACACAUGCGGUGAUCGAGCCAUUUGUGAUUGCAACAAAUAGGCAACUAAGUGUGCUUCAUCCCAUUCAUAAGCUUCUCCUUCCUCAUUUUCGUGACACGAUGAACAUAAAUGCUUUAGCAAGACAACUCUUGAUCAAUAGUGACGGAGUUAUUGAGUUGACUUUUUUCCCUUCCAAAUAUUCCAUGGAAAUGUCAGCAGUAGUUUACAAAGACUGGAUUUUCCCUGAACAAGCACUUCCUGCUGAUCUCAUCAAAAGGGGAGUGGCUGUUGAGGACUUGAACUCCCCACAUGGCAUUCACUUACUAAUUCAGGACUAUCCAUAUGCUGUUGAUGGGUUAAAAGUCUGGUCAGCAAUCAAAAGUUGGGUAACAGAAUACUGCAACUUCUAUUACAAAUCAGAUGACACGGUACAGAAAGACAGUGAACUCCAGGCUUGGUGGAAGGAACUCCGCGAAGAAGGACAUGGUGACAAGAAAGAUGAGCCUUGGUGGCCUAAAAUGCAAACUCGACAAGAGCUCAUAGAAUCUUGCACCAUCACAAUAUGGAUAGCUUCAGCACUUCAUGCAGCAGUCAAUUUUGGGCAAUACCCUUAUGCUGGUUACCUCGUUAAUCGCCCUAGUUUAAGUCGAAUGUUCAUGCCAGAACCAGGAAGUCCUGAAUAUGAAGAGCUCAAGAAAAAUCCAGACAAGGUAUUCCUCAAAACAACCGUUCCUCCUCUGCAGACACUGCUUGAAAUUUCCGUCUUAGAGGUCUUGUCAACGCAUGCUUCGGAUACACUUUACCUCGGGCAGAGGGACUCACCUGAAUGGACAAAGGAUCAAGAACCAAUUUUAGCUUUUGAGAGGGUUGGAAAGAAGCUGAGUGAUAUUGAGGAUCAAAUUAUGCAGAUGAAUAGUGAUCAUCAGAAAUGGAAGAACAGGUCAGGACCUGCUAAAGUUCCAUAUACUUUGCUCUUCCCCACAAGUGAAGAGGGACUUACAGGCAAAGGAAUUCCCAACAGUAUAAAUAUAUAAAUACCAAAUAAAGUCUGUAUUUUCAGAAAUUCCAGUUACAAUAAGGGAUGUUAUGUUGUAAGCUCUUCUAUUCUAUAACAGUUUGUAUUGUAUUGUUAUUUAAAUAUAUUGUUUGUUUUGA